CUAAACCCACAACAGUAAAAUCAGUCUGUAGAUGCAGUAAAGCAUGCUUGUUAUACGCACUGUAAAACCUAAGGGGUUAAUCCUGUGCAUUUUGUAAAAAAAGCUGUUUGAUCCUGUCUUCUCUGAACCUGCCCUUCUUCCAGUGUCCCCCUCCUAUCGCCUGAUAAGCCAUAUCGUGAGGAGACACUCUGUACAUGCUUAGUUUAGUGUGUAUUGCUAGAGGUUUUUUUUUUUCUUCUUGGGAGAGUGCAUGUGAUCAGCACAGGGCCAAUCAGCACUGUCCAGACAGAGGUCAGGGGUCCUGCACCCUCCUACAGCAGAAUGAAAACGCACUCCUACAAGCUUUAACCAGUGCUCGGAUGGACACUGAUAGAAGUCACAAAAAUGGUAUUUAGAAGUUUAUUUGUACUAAAAUAAUUGCAUUUCCAUGUUCUGUGUACUGUGGGGGCCAGAUAUGGUGAAU